GCUGGCUCUUGCAGUAAUGGGGAAAGGAAAUUUACCAAAGACUGACAACUGCUACUACAUCGGCCGCUCAUUACCAGUCCUUCAAAAAAUGUGCUCAACUCCGCCGACGCAAUCCACCUGCUACUACGAUUGGGCAACGAGCUAUACAGGCGUGGAUCCUACAUGGAUCGAACGCGGCAAGUACGAAAACAAGAUCCUCAUUUGUGAUAGCGAUGAGAUUCCAGGUUGGGUCAAAGAAACUUGUCGUUGGGUAGACAGUGGCAACCAGUUUCUCUGUGGCAAACUCGGAGAGCCUCUGCUGAACAUGAGAGUGUUUGCCAGUACUGAUUAUGUCGAAGUCGGGUCGCUAAACUUGAUCAAAAACGUUUGGGAAGACUUGAAAGAUACGUCAGAGAUAAGCGGUAUCAACUGUUUCAGUCCGCCUACAAGGAUUCUCAUGACACAUGGUCUGUUAUUCUGCCCAGUGAACCGCGCUGACGGACCAGGUACAGGUUGCUGGGGCUCCCUUGAUGCUCCUCAAUCGGAGGGCAACCUGAAAGUACUCGUCCGACAGUGGGGCGUGUGGGGUACGCUUGAAAGGAGGAAUAACGCCAGCUUUCCAGUCGUGCUCAACGAACGAGAGGUUGGAGGUUGGCUCAAGCUUGCCCUUUGGACAGCCCUUGAACAUCUCAAGAAGAGCCCGUACAAGGUGUACUAUGUGUGGCAAUCAAGGCUACGCUGGUCAUUCCUCCACAGGCAUACCGUGCAAUCCUCUAGACGAAACAUGUGCAGGAAGAAUCGCGAAUGGCUGCGAUUUUGUGUCGCAGGUGACAGGCCUUGGCAACCAUUGCCCGGCUCAUUGCGGUGGCACCACGCCGUGCUCGAAGUCAGUCGACGGUUUGGUCGUGCCGCAAUCCUUGAAAGCCAUUAUUUACGAUGGUGAUGAAAAGCAGGAGGCUUAUCUCACAAUCAACUUUGAGUCCAAGCCGCAGGCACAAACGUGCGAGACCGCUGAGCGGCUGCUGACAAUUCUGCCUGGGUUCAUUCCAACGCUCCCAAAGGAAUUCAGCAUGUGGGCCGCCAACACCAUCUCGUUAGACUGUGCCAUCAGAUUUCAUCAGCUGCCAGGAGAUAGUGGCGUGCACUUCACAGGUGACUAGCAUCUGGCCUUAUUGUGAAUUUUAUAUGCAUAUGAGUGCAAAUACAUC